UGUGCACGCGCGGCCAUGUUAACUGAAGUCUGAAGAGACAAAGGGAUAGUGUGAAAGAGAGCGACAGUAACAAGGAGUUUCUCAACACAGAAGCGGAUACUUGUGUUUAAAAGAACAGCGAAAAUCGAAGUAAUUGAGGGUAAAAAGGUGCAGAUUGCAGAGUCUGGAUUUUUCUUCACCGAAGUGUUCAGAGACGACAAACCAGAGAGAAAAGAAAGCAGCUAAUGAAUGCAGAACUGAAGUAAUUCUGUAUUAACUUUCCAAGUUAAAUAUAUUGCCAUUAGGUUUACUUGGGACAUAUUGGCAUUGCAUUUUCUCUAAUUAUAAAGAAACAUCAAAACGUUUUUGAAGCUCAUAACCUGAAAUUAAAAGUUAAAUUUCAUACACUCUUCAGCACUUGGAUCCAAAAACAAAUAUAAAAGGUAGUGUACCUCAGAGUCAGACAAAAAUACUGGAAGUCAGUUGAAUAUAGAAAUAAACAUUUUACAAAAAUCUUCAGGGAUAACAAAAGUUACAAAGGGGGGGAAAAAGCAUAUUUUUGAUUUUACCGUACAUACAAAAGACCGAAGGCAAGAUUUGAAUGAUUCAAAAAUACACACUUGCAAAUUGUGUGUUUUAAUAGUACCAGCAGAUUUAUAUUUAUUCUUAUAAAUACAAUUUUCUCCUCUUUUGGGAGAGUUUUCUUAGAAACUAUUUUCAUACGUCAACACCUCUUCUUUUCAAGAGGUCUGCACGUACAAGUGAGAGUAGUACAAAACAACUGUUUACACGCUAGGUCAUUGGGUUUGACAGAAGCAGUGAAAGAACAGGAGAUUAACAUAAGCAGCCUAGAAAGGAAAUCUGAAAAAAAAAAAAGAAAAACGACCGUGAAAAGUUAUUCCUGUAGUAAUGGCCACUGCAAGAACACAAAUCCCCACCUCAGUCAUGGGAGUCACCAAGCAGAAUGGGCAGCCCAGGUCAGUGGACCUCCAGUCGGGAUCACAACCAGCAGCAGUGCUCAGUGCCUCCCAGAAAGCAAGCAGCAUACCACACACCAGUGGUGGUAUCAGGUUUGGAGAUGACUGGAAGAAGUCCCUGCAGCUCCCACAGAAAGAUAUGAGAGUGAAAACCUCAGAUGUGACGGCAACCAAGGGGAACGAGUUUGAAGACUAUUGCCUUAAACGUGAAUUGUUAAUGGGCAUCUUCGAAAUGGGUUGGGAGAAGCCAUCUCCUAUUCAGGAGGAGAGCAUUCCCAUUGCCCUGUCAGGAAGGGAUAUUCUAGCCCGGGCCAAAAAUGGCACAGGGAAGAGCGGCGCCUACCUCAUCCCUCUCCUGGAGAGGAUUGACCUAAAAAAGGAUCAUAUUCAAGCCAUAGUAAUGGUGCCAACUCGUGAACUGGCUCUGCAGGUGAGCCAAAUCUGUAUCAAUAUGAGCAGGCACAUGGGGGGAGUGAAGGUCAUGGCCACCACUGGUGGAACCAAUCUAAAGGAUGACAUCAUGCGCCUGGAUGAGACGGUGCAUGUAGUGAUGGCCACUCCAGGCAGGCUGCUGGACCUUAUGAAGAAAGGUGUGGCCAAAGCUGACAAAGUCCACAUGAUGGUGAUGGAUGAGGCAGACAAGUUGCUUUCUCAAGACUUUGUCAUCCUCAUUGAGGAUAUUAUUGGAUUUUUGGACAAGAAUCGUCAGAUUCUGCUUUAUUCUGCCACCUUCCCAAUCACUGUACAAAAAUUCAUGUCAAAACACUUACGAAAGCCCUAUGAGAUUAACCUGAUGGAUGAGCUGACUCUAAAGGGCAUCACUCAGUACUAUGCAUAUGUAACAGAGAGACAGAAAGUGCACUGCCUCAACACGCUUUUCUCAAGGCUCCAGAUCAACCAGUCUAUAAUCUUCUGUAACUCAACCCAGAGGGUGGAACUCCUGGCUAAGAAGAUCACACAACUGGGCUACUCCUGUUUUUACAUCCAUGCAAAAAUGAUGCAGGAAUACAGAAAUCGAGUGUUCCAUGACUUCAGAAACGGUCUGUGUCGAAACCUGGUUUGCACAGAUCUUUUCACCAGAGGAAUUGACAUUCAGGCUGUCAAUGUGGUCAUCAACUUUGACUUUCCCAAAAAUGCAGAGACCUACUUACACCGCAUCGGUCGAUCAGGCAGGUUUGGGCACCUGGGUCUGGCCAUUAAUCUGAUCACUUCAGAUGAUCGUUUCAAUCUGAAGGCCAUUGAGGACCAGUUAGUGACCGACAUUAAGCCCAUUCCUGGUAGCAUCGAUAAGAGCCUGUAUGUGGCAGAGUUCCACUCAGUCAACCAAGAGGAAGAGAAGGAAGCUGCACUCGGUGCACCUUAAUUGAUUCUCUGCUGGAGAAUAGAUGGAUGGUGCCUGGCAUUUUGCACAUCUUGUGUUGAACAUGGGCACAAGGGUGAAGUCCCCUCUACUUCAUUUGACCUUUUUCCCCCUUCCAAAUUUGUCAUUUUCACUGGUUCUGCAAAGUUGUCAGACUCUUAACUGUUAAAUACCACCCUGCAUGUUACUCGCACUGCUCUAAAAGAAUGUUUGGGUUUUUUUGUUUUUUUUUUUUUGCAUCACUGUCCCCCCAAUAUGUUAAAUUUGCCUGUUGGUCUUUUGCUUUACCAAAUAGGAAAGGGUACUUCAGUUCAGUAUGGUCAUAUGUAAAACCUACCUCGGCAACCCUGCCCCCUAAAAAAGUGCUAGUACAGUUGAAAGUGAUUUUGUAUAGUUUCCUGUGAUCUUAGAUGAGCACUUGCUUACACAGUUAUGCAUAACCUAAGUGCCUUUAGUGCUUUAUGAACACUCAGUGGGAUCCCUGGUUCAGGAUUAAGUGGCCUGAAUAUAUUUUUUUAAAAGCACAAAAUCAGGUUUUUUGAAUUUGCUCUAUUAGCAAAUUAGAAUUUUUUUUUUUUUAAAUAUGGCAUGCAUUCCUAUAAGACUUUAUUAUAUGUCUGAGCCAGCCUGUAUUUUACCAGUUUACCCAAUGGAGGGUUUUUUUGUUCAUUGCUGUUUUGAUAAUACAGACUGACAAGUGCUACUGUUUAAAAAAAAAAAAAAAAGGAAAAAAAAAAAGCACUUGCCUGUGUAUGUAGUUCCUGAAGCUGUUUCGUGCCAACCUGAGCCAAUUCAAGCCUGCUUCCCCCGUUUGUUUAAAUUUUACCAUAUUUGAUGCAUUGUGAGUAGAAGUUGUGCUUUUACUGACAUGUACAAGGGAGACGAUCCAAAGCUUUUUGUUCCAGAUGUCAGUGCCAGCAUCUACACUGUCUCAUUUUCUUUGAAGAGAAAUAAAGUAUCCAGCAUAUUUUCCCAUA